AUGGAAAAUUCCUCCACUCAAGAUUGCGUCCCAGGGGGCGGUAAGGCUCGACCAUCAACAGGAAGAAGGACCUUGAAAAAGGACGCCGGUGUCGGGAGUCAUUACGGACGCAGCGUCGAUUGCGUCAUGGUAAUGCUCCCACGGGACUAUUACGGGGGAUCAUCUCCUCUUCCCAAUUACGCCUGCUUUGUCAACGCGCCCCCGGGACCCUCCUCCUUUUCCUCCUGCAUUUCCAUCCUUCCCCUCGUCCUCCUCCUCCUCCUCCUUCUUCUUCUUCUUCCAUCUCCUUCUCUUUCUUCUCCGUCUUCUGCUUCUCCUCCCCAUUUUAUUCCUCUUUCUCCUCCUCCUCCUCCGCCUCAUCAUCAUCGUCAUUUUACUCCUCCUCCUUUUUCUUCUUCUUCUUCUUCUCCCCCGUCCUCCCCAUUUUACUCCUCCCCUCCUCCUCCUCCUCCUCCUCCUCCCCCUCCUCCUCCUCCUCCUCCUCCUCCUCCUCCUCCUCCCGCUCUCAAACUCUCCUCGCCCGAAAUUGAUUUUACGAAAUCGCCGUUGUCUUUUGUUGGUGCCGGUAACGUGUCCUUAACGAGAAUUGAUUCCUUUGAGUCUGGCCGCGUCUUCCGUCAGCAUAAAUGCUCCCAGUUGAGUACUCGUCAAAGGGCAGAUAUUGUCGAAUACAAGUGA